AUGAAAGUAUGGUUUAAUAAAUGUUAUGUUUUAUUCUGUUGUAAACAAUUUAUUGUUUUCCUCCCGUUUUUAGACUCUGAAGCAUCGUCUGAACAAUAUUUAAUCUAUAUUGAUCUGAUAAAUGGUCGUUGCAAGUAUAAAGCUGGAAAUACCAUUGUUGUCCGAGGCAUACGUGGUAUGUCAUCUGAGAUUUUACGUCGUCGUGCUUUACAGUAUGUUCGUGAAGUCAAGUAUAGUCUUGUUCAACUUGAUAAUGUAAAUGAGAAAAUGAAUGAUAUCAAAAACUGCUCUUCGCUAAAACCAUUGGAAGAAAUAAAACUCUCAGUGGAACAGUUAAAACGUCAUUUACAUGAAAUGUCUACACAUUUACAAGUUAAUAUUGAUGGAAUUGGACGAGUUGACGGUAUGUUGGAAUCACGAAUAAAGUAUCUGGAUAUUUUAUCAAAUGAACUUCAGAAUGAAUUAUUCAAGUUACAAAAUCCUCCAGAUUGUAAAAAAGCCAAAUUCAUUGUUGCAUGGUUCACGUUACCUUGUGGAUUUGGUUGUAAUGCACAUUAUUUGAUGCGUUGUUUUCAUAUGGCCUAUGCAACUGGACGUACAUUAAUCUUGAAUUCUGCAGUUAGUGAACCAUAUACACAAUGGUGGAUGAAAAAUUUCCUACCAUUAUCUCAGAAAUGCAAUAUAACUGACAUUCAGUCAAAUAACCAUUCUGAUUCUUUUGAUAAAAAAUCUCUUGAUACUUAUCAAUCGGUUGGGUGUCCAAACUUCGAUUCAAGUAAUCCUCCAUUCGAUUGGAUGCCUCCGGCUGUUCCCAGUCAUUUGAGCAAAGUACUUUCACAUUUACAUGGUGCCCCAUUUAUUUGGUUCAUUGGUCAAUUGGCUAAAUUUUUAAUGCGUCCGGCAUUUGAUCUAAGUGAAGCAUCUAAAAUACUCACUGAUCAAACUGAGAAUCCGAUUGUUGGUGUUCAUAUUCGACGUACGGAUAAACUAAUAUGGGAAGCACGUUUUCACAGUUUAGAAGAAUACAUCACUGAAGUUGAAAAUUAUUUCCAAUUCAUAGAUGCCGAACGUCAAAUGAUGUCUAGAACUGAAGAAUGGAAAAGCGACAUUAAAUCACCGAUUCAUCACAAUGUACAACAUCAAUUGAAACCAGUAAAACGACGUGUGUAUUUAGCUACUGAUGAACCUAGUUUAUUCGAUGAAGCCAGAUUGAAAUAUCCUAAUUAUACAUUUUAUGGUGAUCGUAGACGUGCUGAUUCAGCUGCUAUCUCCAACCGAUUAAAUAAUGAUUCUAUUAUCGGCAUAGUCACUGACAUAUUAUUGCUAUCAAAAACCAAUUUUCUAGUUUGUACUUUUACUUCUAAUGUUUGUCGAUUAGCUUACGAAUUGAUGCAAUCUAAUCAUUUAGAAUUCGGUGAUGCAAGUCAACAAUUUCGUUCAUUAGAUGAUGUGUAUCAUUUUGUUGGACAACAACUUGCACCAUAUGAGGUAGUAAUAUCAAAUAUUGAAACCGAUUUAUCUCGUGGUGAUUUAGUUCAAUUUCUUGGUAAUCAUUGGAAUGGUUAUGCAGACGUUGAAAAAUUGAAUACCGGUCGCAAAGUCAUGGCACCAGCAUUUAAAUUUACUUCAAGGUUGAUGAGUGCUCCUAUGAUCGGUGCACAUACAAAUCGAUCUGAAUUUGUUCUUGAUAAUAAUAAAUAA